AUGAGCCCAUUUGCGAGGCGUAUUGGCUUGCAUGGCACAUAUCUCUCGUCGCUACGGAGCUCUCGACCGCAGCAGCUGCUGCUGCUGUUCAUUUUUCUCCUGAGGAUUCCAAACGCAGAGAUGUGUCAAAGCCACACGCCACCAGUACCUACGAAGCCUCCAUCAGUUCCUUCGCAGACACGUCACAUUAACUUAUUUCUGCUGUCGGACCACUCACACUGCCGAUUGUUUAACAGUUCUGGGGAUCAGCGCCUUUACAUGAUGGUUCUGACGAACGGAGUAAAAGCAACUUACAGCGGACUGCCACACGAUUUGAGACUCGUUGUGAGGCUGGUUGGAAUCAGCUGCCUAAGUAAGUUUGAGCAGGACAGGAUAUAUGAAACCAGCAUCGAUAAAGGUGGCAAGUUGGAUGAAAAUACUGCUCUGUGGGGUUUAAAGCUAUUUGCAUCGCAAAACAAGACGGAGUUUGAAAAUGCUACGGUCAUCGCUAUGCUAACGGCGUAA